CCGACUGAUUUAGCCGGGACUAAGAAUUCAUCCCAUGUCGCUGAUUCCCAAGGACCAUUGAAAAUAUAGGAAUUAAUUUAUGGGAUUGAUAUGGCAGGUAAAGCCGUUGAAAGGUAAAGAAAUGCACUACACCUGAGACAGGUGAUGGGCUUGACCAUUCUGGCUGCUGGCACAAGCAUCCCAGACCUCAUCACCAGAGUCAUCGUUACCAUGAAAGGCUUUGGUGAUAUGGCAGUGUCCAGCUCUGUUGGGAGCAACCUCUUCGACAUCACCGUUGUGCUUCCAGUUCCAUGGCUGCUGUUUGGGGCGGUGUUCCGAGGCGAGCCAUACCAUGUGAACAGCAAGGGCCUGCUCUGCUCCAUCAUCCUCCUUUUCCUCAUGCUGGUAGCCGUCAUCAUCGUCAUCGCUGUGUGCCGCUGGCGCAUGAGCAAGGUCAUGGGCGUUCUCAUGCUCGUCAUCUACGUCAUCUUCGUCGUCAUCAGCGUCUUGCUGGAGUUUGAGACCAUCAGGUGCCCGGCGUGAGCCAGUCUGUGUGUCCAGAUACCACCGACCCACCUCUUUUGAACAUUACUACCAACACAUCCAGCUCUAGUCAUUGACAGAAAAGACAUGACUGAGAUCUUAUACAGUAGAAUGUCCUCACACACUUUAUAAUACGUCUAUCUUUAGUUAAGCGUGAUACAGACCUCGGACAUGAGGCUACUAACGUGACAAAAUUUGA